AAACAGUUUUCAGAUUUUUCAAAGAACGGUGCUGUAAUUUAUUAAAAUAAAAAAACUAAAUGACGAACGAUACUAGAGAGAAAUAUAAUUAUGCCGCUAUUACCAAAGAAUAUAUAGAGAAAUAUGAACAGAAAGAAGAAUUUCAAGAAGAUUUUAGUAAUGCAGCACCUACGAUUGGAUAUCGUCACAUGCAAGUUUUAAUGUACUUUUUCCUAUGUAUCGUGGCAUACGGUUUUCGAGUUACAAUCUCUGUAGGAAUAGUCGCCAUGACAGAUCCGACAGCUAGCAGUAAUCCAGAUAUCCCAACUUACCCAGAAUGGAAAGAUAAAAAUUUGAUAUUAUCAGCUUUCUUUUGGGGUUACGUCAUUCCCCAAACUUUCGCUGGAUGGGCUGCCAAUAGGUUCGGUGCUAAAUGGUUCCUAGUUGUUACCAUGCUGGUACAAUCAGUACUCGGUACUCUAAUACCGCUAACAGCAGCACAGUUUGGAUCUAGAGGUGUUAUGAUAAGCAGGGCAGUGCAAGGACUGUGUCAAGGUUUUAUUUAUCCAAGUUUGACGCAUCUUUUAAGUCAAUGGGCCCCAAGUGAGGAAAGAUCCAGGUUGGGAACAGUAGUUUUUGCAGCUGGACCAUGUGGAACAGUGAUUGCUAUUCUGGUGACUGGUCUUAUUUCGGCAAGCUGGUACGGCUGGCCCCUAGCUUUUUACCUCUAUGGUGGAUUGGGCUUGUUGUGGUGUAUCGGUAUGGUGCUUUUAGGAUACGAUAAACCAUCGUAUCAUCCCAAAAUUAGUCAUAGUGAAAAAAUGUAUAUUGAACAAAGUUUGGGACACACUGAAGAAAAAGCAACUCAUUCGACUCCAUGGAGAUCCAUAUUUACUUCAGUGCCAGUGUAUGCAUUAGUUGCCACCCAAAUUGGCUUUAAUUACUGCUUUUGGACCAUGUUAACACAAAUCCCAACUUACAUGAAUUUCGUCAUGAAUUUCAACAUUAAACAGAACAGUCUACUAUCAUCUCUACCAUAUUUGACUUUGUGGCUGUUAAGUUUUGUAAUGGGUUUCUUGUCAGAUGCCAUGAUAAAUAAAGGUAUUUUGUCUAGAACCAUCACUAGAAAAAUAUUUAAUUCAAUUGGUUUAUUUAUACCAGCAGCGGCACUGAUUGUUUUAAGUUACACUCAACCAGAUGAAUACGUCAGAGGAGUAGUAUUGCUGGUAAUAGCUGUAGGGUUUAGUUCUGCCUGUUUCUCUGGAUGGGCUGUGAAUCCCAUGGACCUAUCACCUAACCAUGCAGGGACCUUGAUGGGUCUCACGAAUGGAUUUGCUCAGUGUACGGGAGCGAUUGCUCCAAUAGUGAUUCAGUUCUUGGUAACAGAGGAGAGAAAUCCCUUACAAUGGCGCACUGUGUUCCUUAUAACGGCAUUUUUAAAUAUAUCAACAGGUAUUAUUUUUGACAUAUUUGGUUCUGGUAAAGUACAGUCUUGGAAUGACGAAGAAAGAGAAGAUAAAGAGAAAUCUUAAUAUUUUGUAAUAAUAUUUAUUAAAAUUAAUUGUAAGUUAAUUUAAUAAUUUGAAAUAAUUAUAUUUUUGUAUUUUG